AUGGCUUCGGACGAUUAUACUGCCGUCGGUGGCGGCGGCGCCUUGAAGCUCAAGGGGUCCAAGGUGCAUAAGAAGAAAAAGAAGCGAGACAAGAAGACGGAUCUGGAGAAGAACCUCGACGCCGGAAAGAGAGAGGGUCCGGAUCCAGACAAGAAGAAGGAGGUGGAUGAUGAGCCUCGCGAUGAAGAGGAUGACAGACCCGCGGUGCAAAAGACUGAGGCUGAGAAACGCCACGACGAAAUAAAGAAGAAGAGGCUCCUCCAGCUCGCCGAGUCUUCAGGCUCCAGACCCGAACUUCUCAAGACGCACAAGGAACGCGUCGAAGAGCUCAACACCUACCUUUCCAGACUAAGCGAGCAUCACGACAUGCCCAGAAUUGGCCCAGGCUGA